AUGGAACUCUCGCGAGCUGCGCGCGUCAUCCUCAUCGGCGCCCCGGGCGUGGGCAAGGGAACCCAGACGGAACGACUCCUCCAACGCUUCCCGCAGCUAUCCGCCAUCAGCACGGGUGACCUUCUCCGGAGCAAUGUCAAGCGCCGUACCCCGCUGGGCAUCCAGGCCGAGGGCAUCAUCAAGAGCGGCGGGCUGGUGGCAGACGACAUGAUGCUGCGACUUCUGACCGACGAGCUGCGAUCGCGCGGGUGGCUCUCGUCUGACCCUCACUCCCGCUCCCACUCCCAUCCCCAUUCCCUUCCCCCUCAUCAUCAUCAUCAUCAUUCAUCUCCAUCCUGCUCUUCUCUACGCAGCAGCAGCAGCAGCAGCAGUACCACCCGAUCAUUCUCAUCGUCCCCGAACCUCUCCUCGACCGUACAGACCAGCAACUUCUCGUCGGGAGCAGCCUCAUCGACGUCGGCGACCCUCUCGUCCGGCCCCUCAUCCUCCUUCAUCCUAGACGGCUACCCCCGCACCGCCACCCAGGCCUCCGCCCUCGACUCCAUCAUCCCCAUCAACCUCGCCGUCUCUCUCAAGACCCCCGACUCCGUCAUCCUCGAGCGCAUCGCCGGACGCUGGGUCCACGAGCCCUCCGGCCGCGUCUACAACACGUCCUUCAACGCGCCCCGCGUCCCGGGCGUCGACGACGUCACCGGCGAGCCCCUCGUCCAGAGGGCCGACGACAGCCUGGACGUCUACGCCGCCCGCCUCGACAAGUUUCGUCAGACGAGCCUGCCCAUCCUCGAGCACUACGACCGCAAGGGCGUCCUGCUAGAGGUCGACGGUCUUUCCAGUGACGACAUCUCCCCCAAGCUGUUUGCCGCCUUUGAGAAGCGCUUCUGCUAA